GGGUUCCGCCGCAGCAUCAGCAGCAGCACCAGCAGCAGCAGAAUGGAGGAUAUGGACGGUACGAUGAUCGACGUGAUGGACGGGGGUAUGGGAGUGGGAGGAAUGACGGUGGCUAUGGAUACGGAAGCGGAGGCGGAGGCGGUUAUGGAGGGUAUGGGCAGGGUGGUCAGGGUGGUGGUCGGAGGUACUAGCAAUACUGAUCGAUACACUGCUCAGACAGAGAAGGGAAGCUGUUGUAAGAGUAAAUGCGUAAGGGCACGCGAACUGUGCGAAAUGGUCCGUCUGCGAUGCUGUACAAGUACGGGCUGAUAUCAGGAAAUUACUGAUGGCGAGGCAUUCUACAUCCUACAGGCGCUUAAGUGUUGCCCGUUGCGGCUAGGAAAUGCUUCUGUGUGAGAGCAGUAGCUUUACAUCAUCUCUGGGGAGG